AAGGUGUUUGUUGUCUUCCGGUAUUCCAUCCGCGCUUCCACCGUGUACCGCGCUGACAGCCGCUGAGAUGACAGCGUGGAGAAGGGAAGCACGCCCACGAUGGUACUGUAUAAAACACGGAGCCCCACGGAGACCCACAGACACGGAGAGCCACGGACACGGAGAGCCACGGACAUCCGACCCGGGACGAUUCCUACCUGGACCUUCAUCAUGGGCGUCAUCAUCUCGCAGAUCUUCUCCAGGUUCACCUCCAAGAUUCCCGUCAGGAUUUUAAUGGUGGGUCUGGACGCUGCAGGUAAAACCACGCUGCUGUACCGGCUGAAGCUGGCCGAGGUGGUCACCACCAUCCCGACCGUCGGUUUCAACGUGGAGACGGUGGAAUAUAAAAACAUCAGUUUCACCGUUUGGGACGUCGGUGGCCAGACGGUCAUCAGACCGCUGUGGAGGCACUAUUACACCAACACGCAGGGUUUGAUUUUUGUGGUGGACAGCAACGAUCCGGAGAGGAUUAAAGAGGCCGCAGACGAGCUGCACAUGCAGCUGGAGGAGGACGCGCUGAGGGGCGUGCCGGUGCUGGUGUUCGCCAACAAACAGGAUUUACCCAGAGCCAUGUCGGCCAGCGCCGUCACCGAGGCCCUGAGGCUGUCCGCGGUGCAGCAGCCGUGGUUUGUCCAGUCCUCCUGCGCCGUCAGCGGUGCCGGUCUGGUAGAGGGCCUGGACUGGCUCUCCGACCGGAUCCUGAAGAACCGCAGCUGAUGCUCUGAUUGCCGACGUUCCUGAGGGUCUUUGAAGGCACCAGGAGGUCGGCGCCGCUGCAUCCCUGGAGGAACCUCUGAGGAAAUGUCAGGAUUUAU